GUCUGAGUCCGUGGACAUACCAAAAAUUCCAAAGAAGAAGAAGUGGAUCGUGAUCGCACGUAAAUUGCGCAGGAGUUUGCGUAGAGCUGCGGCGCUGUGAACGGAGCAGCAUAAAAUGGCGGAUCGCGGUGAAGAUGUAGAUGCAGAGAGUGAAGAUGAGUUGUGUGAGGUGGUUAACAUCACAGAUUAUGCCAGGAGGCAUCAAUGGUGGAGUCGUGUUUUUGGGAACAGUACAGGACCCAUUGCAGAAAAGUACUCUGUGGCUUCACAAAUCAUGAUGGGUGGAGUGACAGGAUGGUGUGCUGGUUAUCUUUUUCAGAGAGUUGGAAAAAUUGUGGCUACUGCUGUUGGAGGGGGAUUUCUUUUGCUACAAAUUGCCAACCACAGUGGCUAUGUGCAGGUUGACUGGGGGAAAGUGGAAAAGGAUGUCAAUAAAGCUAAAAAGCAUUUGAAGAAAAAGGCAAACAAAGCAGCCCCUGAGCUCAAUUCCUUUAUAGAAGAAUCGACAGAAUUUGUGAAGAGGAAUAUUGUUAUCUCGGGUGGAUUUGUUGGAGGAUUUCUGCUGGGCCUGGCAUCCUAAAUGAAACCUGGAUCUACUUUAUUGCCACUGAUAUAAGUAGUUUGCACAUUAAUAUUCUCCCUUAUCUCUGUAUCGCAGCGAUACAAAACUGAAACUUGAUGUAUUGUCUGAAGCAGUCAGUGCAGUGGACGUUUGCUGAACUGUUGUUCUAAAUAUAUUCCUCUAAAAUGUUGUUUUUAACUGUACAUAGCUUAAUCAUUCCGAUGAAGAGAGAGAUAUUGUGCCAAUAACUUUAUUAAAAAAUUGGUGGUAGUUUUGUCAUUUUUUAUAUUAUUUUACCUACCCUUAAUCAUAAAGACAUCAACAUGAAGUCUGUUACAUAUGUACAACUAAAGUGUUUCUUAAUUGUAUUUUGUUUUUGACAAUACAUUAUUCGAGGUAGUUGUAAUAAUUUGCUUAAUAUUUACUUGUCCAGAGGCAUGUAUUGUUUUUUGAGUGCUUUACUUUGUGAUGGAUAUUUUUAAUAUACAGAAUAACCCACCAAUAACAUGUUUGUGGAAAUACUAAACAUUGUCUUUCUGGUUAUUUACGGUCUAUUCAUGUUGUUUUGUUUUUUACAAGGAAAAAAAAACUUACCGAAGGUUUAGAAACAUCUUGAUAUAUUUUAUUGCAGACAAAAGCAUGG